AUGGAACUGGAAGAAAAGCACCCUGGCGUUGAACGAGCUGUGCUAGAACAACACUACGUCGAUGACUAUUUUGAUUGCGCGGACACGGAGGAAGAAGCCAUUGAACUGUUGCAGCGAGUGGUGAAGGCACAUGAUCACGGAGGAUUCAAACUGGUGAAAUUUGCAUCGAACUCUGAAACUCUUCUGGAUUCGCUUGACCCUUCUUUAGUAGCCGAGAAGAAAGGAAGUGACACUCGUGUACUCGGUAUCAGGUGGGAUCUUCUUUCAGAUGAAUUUGUGUUCCCGUUGGAUUUUCCAAAACUGGAUGAGAACUUCCGUAUUGGUGGCACGGUGCCUACUAAACGGCAGCUGCUGAAGUUUAUGAUGAGCAUCUUCGAUCCAUUGUGUUUGCUCAGUCCGAUUACGAUACACCUGAAGAUUAUGUUCCAAGAGCUGUGGUGGUUGCAAUCUGGAUGGGACGACGAAAUUCCUGAUAGCCUGGUCCCGAAAUGGAUGGAGUGGUUGAGCGAAACUGCUAAGCUGGAAGAAAUACGUGUUGCGAGGUGCUACUUCCCGGAGGUAUCGUCCUUUGCCGAUGCUGAGCUGCAUGCUUUCUGUGACGCAAGCGAUAAGGCUUUUGCAUGUGUGAUUUACAUGGUUCAUCGUCGAAACGGUAAGUCACACGUUGUAUUGGUGUAUGCCAAGGCAAGAGUUGCUCCACUGAAAUCAUCGACGGUACCACGACUUGAACUUCAAGGGUGUGUUCUUGCAAGUCAAAUGAUGAAGGUAGUUCAAGACGAACUAAAAAUAGAAGUGAAUAUGCAGUACAUCUGGACCGAUUCUAAAAUCUGCUUGAGUUGGUUGAAGACGAGUCAGAAGCUUACGGCAUAUGUUGGUUCUGGUGUCAUGAAAAUUAAGGAGAACGGUCAUGGAGUUGAUCUGUGGCAUUGGGUUCCAUCACAGCUGAACGUAGCUGAUUUGGCUACGAAGUCCUCCAAGUUUGGUUGUAUGCAGGAAUGGUUGAAAGGUGCUAACUUUCUGUAUCGGGAUAGUGCCCAUUGGCCGAACAAUGAACCGCUAGAGAUGUCCUCGUCUGAGUUGAUAAAUUUCCAUACCGAAGUGAUUGCUGAUGUUUCCGUGGAUCCGAUGUGUUGUACCGUGGUUGAAGUUGAGUUGAUUGACCUUCCCGAUAUUGAGAGGUUCUCUGAUUUCAAUCGCUUGAUUAGAUCUACUGCGUACUAUCUGAAAAUGCGAAAGAUUUUAGCACUGCCAAUGUGUAAAAAGCCUAGAUGUUUGACAAUCUCCGUGAACGACAUGGAUGAAGCUAAGAGUGCCGGGUACAGGAAGGUACAGUCGCAAAUGUUCUGUGAAGAGUUGCGCAGUCUGAAGCAGACCGGAUUCGUGAAAAGCAAUAGUCGUUUGAAAACAUAUUCGCCGUUUCUGGAAAACGGAAUCAUCCGUAUGCGAGGUCGUGUGCAGGAUGAUGGAAAGUCGUUUGAAGUGAACAAUACUGUGAUUCUUCCUGACAACCACCAGUUUUCAACUCUACUGAUUCGUAUGUACCAUAUCGCCAACGCACAUCAAGGAAUGGAGACCGUUGUUAACAAUAUCAAGGAACGGCAUCGUAUCCUGAAGAUUCGCUCACAGGUAAAGAAGUACACGAUGUCCUGUGUCAAAUGUCGUGAGCUUAGAGCAAAACCGACCGUUCCGCAAAUGGGAAACCUACCACCGGAAAGAACAACCCCGUUCGUGUUCUCGUUUACAUACACGGGCAGCUGCAUAAUGGUCAUCCGCUGCUUCAUGUCCAUCCGUGGCUUACCACAGUGCAUCAUGACCGACAACGGUACCAACUUUACUGGUGCAGAUGCUGAACUGAAGAAACUGGUGAGAACUCGGGAUCAGCAGCAGAUUGAAGAUUCGCUGAGCAUCAGAGGUGUUAAGUGGAAGUUUAUUCCACCUGGUGCUCCUCAUUUCGGAGGUUGCUGGGAACGUUUAGUACGCUCUGUGAAGACUGCCCUUCGUGCAAUGUUACGGGAUAGGCACCCUACGAACUUGGUGAUGCGUACUGCUUUAUGCGAGGCAAUGAACACCGUAAACAACAGACCUUUGACACACGUUCCGGAUGACCCCAUGGACCCUGAACCGAUAACUCCAAACAUGUUGCUGCUCGGCCGAAACAAUUCAAUCCAGUUCGACCAUAACUUUGAUCAACGAGAUCUUAACUGUCGUGCUGCCUACAAGCAUUCUCAGAUUUACGCGGAUCGUUUCUGGCGCAGGUGGAUAGCCUCGUUCCGUCCGGAGUUGAUCAGAAGCCGCAAGUGGCCGGACAGCAGGAAUUACCACGAUUAUCACGUCGGUGAUCUAGUGAUGAUAGUGGACGAAUCGCUACACCGAGGAAGCUGA